AUGUCGCAAAAGGGAGAUAUUACGCCAGUCUUCUACCACGAGGAAGAUGGCGACCAGAAUGUCGAGAGUGGUGAUCCGACGGCCGUUUCGAAAGAGCUUACCAAGACCGUCAGAAAGGUGGACGUCAUAAUCUUACCCGUCAUGACCAUUUUGCUUGCCUUUUGCUAUAUUGACCGCACCAAUAUGGGUCUCGCUGCUGUCGCUGGCAUGUCGGCCGAACUGGAAUUCAAGGCAUAUCAAUAUUCCAUCUCGCUGCUAGUCUUCUUUCCCGGCUACGCUCUGUUUGUAAUUCCGGGCAACUACUUCCUUUCCAAGACUUCGGUUCGGUACUGGCUCACAUUCCUCUCUGUCGCUUUUGGCCUGUUCACGCUGGGCAUGGGGCUUGUUCGUAACUACGCCAGCCUCGUCGUCAUGCGCGUCUUCUUGGGAAUCUGCGAAUCUGGGGUGUAUCCAACUAUCAUAGUAGUGGUUAGCUCGUGGUAUCCCCGCUAUUACUUUGGCCGGAGAAUGACAUUCGUCGCUUGCGGCGCAUCGCUGAUCUCGUCCCUAUCGGGCGUCCUCGCGUAUGCCUUUUCACGCAUCAAUGCUGCCGACUACGCUGGAUGGCGCUGGAUCUUCCUACUCGAAGGCGCCAUAACCGUACUCGUAGCAGGAGGGGCCUUCUUUGUGCUCGACGAGUACCCUGAGAAGUCAAAGUUUCUCUCCCAGCGACAGCGCCACAUUGCUGUCCAGAUGAUAGCUAAGGAUCGGGAGGAACACGAAGAAGAAGAAUUGACGGUCAAGCUGGUGUUACUGACCCUCCGCGACUGGAAGAUCUGGAUCUUUGCAGCUAUUUACAUGCUCAACGUCACCAUCACGUACGGACUGGCUUAUUUCAUGCCUCUGAUCCUCAAUGAGCAAAUGGGCUUCACGGGUGCACUCAGCCAGGUCCUAACAACUCCCCCAUACUUCUACUCUUUUAUCUUGGCUGUGGUCUGUUCAGGUUUUUCUGAUCGGAUCCGCAUGAGGUCACCAUUUAUCAUGUUCUUUGCGCUCAAUAUGAUAAUGGGAAUUGUAUUGACACGGUGGGGACCAAAUACUGGCUCUCAGUAUCUGGGCUUGUUCUUCACUAUCGGCGGCUCGUUGGUCAAUGGCCCUAUGACUAUUGUCUUUGCUCAGAACAAUGCACCGACGCGAACAAAACGCAGCGUGAGCUCAGGGCUGCAACUGACUCUUGGGGCAGUGGGUGGUAUCAUUGCCUCCACUAUGUUCCGGUCUCAGGAUGCCCCAACCUAUACUCCGGGUGUGAUUGUGAUACUCUGUUGCACUGGUGGCAUCAUUGGCCUUACCGCCUUGCUUGUCUGGUAUUUUCAUCAGCAGAAUCGGCUCCACAGGGAGAUGAAUCGUGUUUUGGAAGGUCAAAGGGAUUUUGUAUACACUCUUUGA